CACUGGGGGGUAUAAACAGGAAGUGUAACGUUGCCAUGGAGUCCGAUGUUAGAUCUGGGUAGAGAUUUGUUAAUUCAUGGACUGUGUGGUUAAUAACAUGUAAAACAUUCAGGACGACACCUCUGCUGCGUUUCUUACUUAAUAUUUUUUACAUUUUGGUGAACCAGCGCCAUGGAAAGUCAUGCUAAAGUAGCUAUUAGCACGUCCUGUUUUCACUGUAACCAUGGAUGCAGACUGAGUCUUUGAAAAGGAGGGAUCAAUGGAAGGGACAGAGAAAACAAAGCUUGAGGAGAUGCUGACGUGCCCAGUGUGCCAGGACAUCUUUAAGGAUCCCCGGCAGCUGCCUUGUGGACACAGCAUGUGUAUGAGCUGUCUGGAAAACAUGAUGGAUCACACCUCAGACAUGCCCUUCCGUUGUCCAGACUGUAGAGGGUACUUUGGACAUACCAUUGCUGUACAGAAGAGCUACGCACUGGCCAACAUCGCAGAGGACUUCAGGGUGAACAGGAGGAGCAGGGAUGAGCAGAAAAAACAUGUGUACUGUGACUGCUGCCUGGAGAAAAAAACUCUGGCCAUGAAAAUGUGUCUGAAGUGUGAGGUGGCGCUUUGCAAAGAGCAUGUCAAAGACCACCUGGAGCUACCGGUGUUCACGGGACACCCCUUGGUCAACCCUCUGGGUGACCUCCUGAAGAGGAAAUGCCCAGAGCAUGAAGACGAGGUGUUGAGGUACUACUGCAACUCGUCCAGACGCUACAUCUGCAACGUGUGUGCCCUAGAGACCAAGCAGCAUACCUUGGCCACUGAGGCUUCCACUGUCCUGAGGAGACAGCUUACUGAGUACAUGGACCAGCGUUUCGAAAUGCUUAAGGAGCAAAUGACAGAAUCUAACGAGUCUGUAAAAAAACUACAAGAAGACAUCCGACGUGAAAGACAUAAAGGGAACCUUGCCGACUCACCGGUCAACAGCGUGACAGUGGUGCUGCUAUGUCUGUGGUUCAUUGUUCUGUAUUAUGCCUACAACUACUCUGUGGAAAACCAGACGUUAGCAGAAGCGCUGGACAAGCAGCAGAACCGUGUGCAUCACAUUUACUCCACCAUUGCUGAACUCUUGGUUGAUCAUCCACCGAAGAGCCAGAAACCUCCAGAAACAGGAGAUAAAGGAAUUCUCAUGUUGGAUCUGGACACAGCCAGUCCUUUCCUUGGAGUGUCCACUGACCUCCAAACAGCAGAGAGAGUGAAAACCAAGAUGGGCUAUCCCAGCAGUAAGAGCCGCUUCACUGAAGCCCCGCAGGUCCUCUCCGCCAGGUGCUUCUCCACUGGUACCCACAUCUGGGAGGUAGAGGCUGAAGGAUACUGGGACAUUGCCGUGGCUUACAAGAGCAUCCAACGUAAGAGCAAGUACAACAGCACCUUCGGAAUGAAUGCACAGUCCUGGAGCCUGACACACAACGGCAAAGGAAAGCUGUUUGCAUACCACAAUGGAGUUAAAUCAGUCCUUUCUGAAACCUUGAAGAGCAGCCGAAUAGCAGUGAUGGUUAAUUUUGAGAAAGGCAACAUCACAUUCAGUGCUGUGGAGCCUACGAUCUCACAGCUGCAUGAGUUCAAGGCUGAACUGACUCAACCCUUGUGCCUGGGUUUGGGGCUUUAUCGUGUGGAUCCACCCAGUAGAGCCUCUAUUGUGAAAGCUUUGUGAAUAAUCCUACAAACUGUUAAAAUGUUCAGUCAACACUGGAGCCAGACUGCCUUAAAUCAGCUGUAAUUAAGGAGAACUAAAGAUGACAUGCACUAAAGGUGGAGGGGUCUGGGAGUAAAACCUGGCCAAGCCAAAAGAAUCUCAGGUAUAUAUAUAUUUUUAUAUUGUGUUUUAAGUUAUGUUCAGUACGUGAUUUUUUUUCCCCUUUAAUUGUUGAUCUUAAUUUUAGUAUUAUGUAUCUACAAUAUGCAGUAUUUUAAGGAUGGGCUGGUGUGCUUUCUAAAUUAUUUUUUUAUAGAAUAUGACAAAGGGGUAUAUUAUACUGAAAAACUAAUGGGGCAGUCUUCAGUCUGACCACUCGCAGACCAAAAAGAAAAACAAUCCCUGUAAUAUAAUUCACAAGAAAAAAAAAGAUACAAAUAUCGCAGUAGGGGAAAUGGGAUGGAUGAGCUAAGAGCCACACUUUAAUCAUUCUCAUGUAAUGUGCUAAAUCAUAUCCUACAGAGGUCAGAACUGCAAAUUGAUUUUUCAUUGCCCUUUUGGAGCAGACGCAUUCGGCUUCUUGAAUUUACAUUUAAUAAUUAACCUCAGUGUAGAGUUGAAUUCCAGCUUCUCUCUAUUGUAGUCUGAGAGAAAAGAAGUGAAAUAAAAAUAAAAAUAAACUUCUGCUGAACACCACAAGUAACAAAUGCAACAUAAUGCUAAAUGCAGAACUGUAGCUGUACAUCAUAUCAAUCUAAAGUUUGCUAACAUUAGCCACUAUAUAAGCUACUAGUCAGAGUAGAGUUAAAUUCCUUAAUCUCGCUUAAAGAGACAUAGCAUGAAAAGAAA